AUGGAAUUCCUUUUUGGUCGGAAGAAGACGCCGUCUGAGCUUCUUCGUCAGAAUCAACGUGCACUUAAUAAAGCUAUUCGGGAGCUUGAUCGGGAAAAGUCACGUAUGGAAAUGCAAGAGAAGAAAGUGAUUGCUGAAAUCAAAAAGAUGGCCAAGCAAAAUCAAAUGGAUUCGGUUAAGGUUAUGGCGAAAGAUCUUGUUCGGACUCGUCGUUACAUCAAGAAGUUUAUAAUUAUGAAAGCGAACAUUCAAGCGGUGUCGUUAAAGGUUCAAACACUUAAAAGUCAAGACGCUAUGGCGCAGGCCAUGAAAGGUGUUACAAGAGCGAUGCAGUCGAUGAACAGGCAGUUAAAUCUUCCACAAAUCCAGAGAAUUAUGAUGGAGUUCGAGAAGCAGAGCGAAAUCAUGGAUAUGAAGGAGGAAAUUAUGGGUGAUGCCAUUGAUGAUGCUCUAGGUGAUGAGACAGAUGACCAGGAAAGUGAGCAAAUAGUGAACCAGGUUCUUGAUGAGCUGGGUAUUCAAAUGGGUGAAGAGAUGGCUGGUCUACCAACAGCUGGUGGACAGAUUGGCGUGAGUACAGGUGAUAAAGUCAAGGAGCCCGUUGCUGCUGGAGGUACUGAUAUUGAUGAUGAUUUACAAGCACGGUUGGAUCAACUGCGUCGAGAAUAG